GGGGCAAGCUGAUUUUCAUGGCUCCAGGACCCAUCGAGCUCAGGGCCCAUGCCAUCCUUGUUUCUGAUGGUGGAGAACUCCGGAUUGGAUCCGAGGACAAACCCUUCCAAGGCAAAGCUCAGAUCAAACUCUUUGGAAGUUCCCAUUCAGCCCCUUUCUUUCCCUACGGAGUCAAGUUCCUGGCUGUGAGGAACGGAACUCUUUCCCUGCAUGGUUCACUACCAGAAGUAAUUGUUACCCAUCUUCGAGCAGCUGCCCAUGCUGGAGACACCAUGCUGGCUCUGGAAGAUUCUGUGGACUGGCACCCUGGGGAUGAAGUUGUCAUCAUCAGUGGGAUAGGGGUCGAAGGUGCCAAACCAAAAGAAGAGAUUAUCAUUGUGGAAACCGUGCACAAUGCAGACCUUUAUCUUAGGUCACCCUUGAGAUAUUCUUACAACUUUACAGAGACUUGGGUGACUGAUGAGCAUCAUAUUUUAAAGUCUACUGUGGUCCUGCUCAGCAGGAGUAUUACCAUACAAGGAAAUCUUACCAAUGAGAGGAUGAGGCUCCUUGCUUUGUGCCAGGGAGCCAAUGCUUCAGAAGGUAAUCUACAGCACUGUUUAUAUUCCAUGAGCGAGGAGAUCCUGGGAUCCAGGGAUCUGGGGGCCAGAGUAAUCGUUCAGUCCUUUCCAAAGGAGCCCAGCCUGGUCCAGUUGAAAGGGGUACAGUUCCAAGACUUGGGGCAAGCCUUCCAUAAGCAUCUGAGCUCACUCACUCUGGUGGGAGUUAUGAAAGGAACAUACAUGGAAAUAGGAUAUAUCUCUUGGGAAGCUAUUUCUGGAAGAAAAAAUGACUGGUCAGAACAGGGAAACAUAAUAAGAAACAAUGUGAUCAUCAGUGUUUCUGGUGCUGAGGGACUCUCCAAUCCUGAAAUGUUGUCACCAUCUGGUAUCUAUAUCCGCAGUCCCACCAAUGUCAUAGAGGGGAACAGGGUAUAUACUGCUGGUUAUGGCUACUUUUUCCAUCUUGUGACCAGGAAAACAUCACAAGCUCCACUUCUCGCCUUCAGUCAAAACACUGCACAUUCUUGUACAAGGUGUGGUCUCUUUGUAUACCCUAAAUUUCAGCCACCUUGGAAUAAUGGCACUGGGCCCACCUUGCUCCAAAACUUCACAGUUUGGGGAAGUGCAGGUGGUAUUCAGAUUUUUAGAAGUAGCAAUCUUCGUCUGAAAAACUUCCAAGUUUAUUCAUGUAGAGAUUUUGGAAUUGACAUCUUGGAAAGUGAUGCAAAUACUUCAGUUACUGACAGCUUAUUAUUUGGUCAUUUUGCCCACGAGGGAAGCCAGUGUAUGUCGACUGGGAUUAAAACCCCCAAAAGAUGGGAACUGAUGGUAUCUAACACAACUUUUGCUAAUUUUGAUCUCAUUAACUGUGUGGCCAUUAGAACCUGUUCAGGCUGUUCUCGAGGACAAGGUGGAUUUACUGUGAAGACCAACCAGUUGAAGUUUGCAAACUCUUCAAACUUAGUUGCAUUUCCAUUUCCUCAUGCAGCAAUUUUGGAAGACUUAGAUGGGACUCUAUCUGGGAAAAAUGGAAGUCACAUUCUUGCUUUCAUGGAAACCCUUUCAGCUUCUUGUUCAGUCAAUGCAAGCUUUGGUCGGAUUGUCCGUGGCAGUGUCUGUGGAGGAGGGGUUGUCUUUCAUCGUAUGUCUAUUGGUUUAGCUAAUGCUCCUGAUGUUUCUUAUGACUUAACCAUCACUGACAGCAGAAAUAAGACAAUCACUGUCAAUUAUGUACGUGAUACAUUGUCUAACCCUCAUGGCUGGAUGGCUGUGCUCUUGGACCAAGAGACCUACUCGUUGCGAUUUGAGAACCCUGGUAUCAACAGAUCCAUGCAGUACUCGGCAACACUGGACAACUUUACUCCCGAGAAUUUCCUCCUGCUGGUGCACACAGACCUACCGUCUUACCCUGACAUCCUCCUACAAUGCGGAAGUCGAAUGGGUCUGUCUCUUCCAUCUCUUCCAUCGCCCAGUCAGAACCAAGGCUGUGACUGGUUCUUCAACAGCCAGCUGAGGCAACUCACCUAUCUGGUUUCAGGUGAAGGCCAAGUUCAAGUAAUUCUCCAGGUGAAGGCAGGUGUACCUCCAACUAUUACAGCUUCUACCUCAGCACCUGAAUCAGCUUUAAAAUGGUCCCUCCCUGAAACUUGGCAAGGCGUUGAAGAGGGCUGGGGAGGACACAACCAUACCAUACCAGGCCCUGGGGAUGAUGUCCUGAUUUUACCCA